UUAUGGCCAAAUGAUCACGUGGCUUGAUGUUUGAAACAUACAUUGCGCAGUGAAAGCUUCAUUUUGCUGAGUAAGAAAACUGAGAUCCUCUAUAACCUCGGACUAGCGCUCUAUUUGCAGCAAAAAUGAAGUGGGCUUUCAAAGAAGAGCACUCAUUAGAUUCUCGGUGCCAAGAGUCGUCGAAAAUUCGUUUAAAAUACCCAGAUCGCAUUCCCGUUGUCGUAGAGAAAGCUCCCAAAUCUACCAUUCAAGACAUCGAUAAACGCAAAUUUCUCGUCCCAUCAGAUCUAACAGUCGCACAGUUUAUGUAUAUUAUCCGCAAAAGAAUUCAACUGCCUCCCGAGAAAGCCAUGUUUCUGUUCGUCAACAAAGUUCUACCAACGACAAGCUCAACAAUGGGGUCCAUUUACGAAGAACACAAGGAUGAGGAUGGAUUCCUCUACAUUGCAUACAGUGGUGAAAACACCUUUGGACACUAGUCUGGAACUAACCACCAUCAAACAUUAUUCUCCUAAAAAACCUUGAGUGUAUUAUUGCUGCUUGUACUUUAAACUUCUGGAAUGUCGUCGUAAUAGCAGUGGUUUAAAGAGAGAUUGCUUUUGAAGGUUUAAGCGAUGUAGUACUUACAGAUAUUUGAAUGGUUAAUACUGGAAGUAAAACAUCUUUAUUGUGUAAAAACAAGAAAUUGGCAAAGCUGCUUUCUAGAUUUUUCAUGUUUUUGACUUGUACUCUUAGCAUCUCACAUAAGAAAAAGAAUGAAGUUUAAAAUGUGUAUAUACAUAUGAUUCAUACCAAAUAAAUAUCAGAAAAUGUAAAUAGUUUUAAUUAUCACCCCUUUUUUCUAGUUUAAAACUAUAAAUUAAUAGUUGAUACAAUGUUUGUGAUUUUUUCUGUUUCUUAGAAAGGUAGGAAUGGCAUUUUUGGGGCUUCUCUCAGAAAAAAAAGUGUCACUAUUGUCUUUAUGUGGUUUUCUGUAACUUGGGGGUCUUAAAACUUUACAAAUAAAAAGUUGUCUCAUUUAUCAUA